GGUACCGCGGCGCUGGGCGCACGGAGCGGCAAGGAGGAGGAGGGACGGGGACUGGGGCGGGCAAGCAGGUCAAGUUCCCGCCGGGCGGUGCGCUCUGGCUCCGCGUCGGGACUCCCUCGCCGCCUCAGUCCUGGGAGAAGGAGGCACGGCGCGGAGGGAGCUUCUUUUUUUGCAGGUGGGGCGACCUCGCCUCGCGCGCGCGCUGAAAUGAGGGCCGCCUGCAUUCCUCUCCCGAUGUUGGGUUGACCGUAGCCCUUGGUUAUGGAUGGUCCAAAUGAAGUGGACUUUUCCAACAACAACAUUGCACCAUUGUGGAGGAGGAGGUCAGCCCACCAGACCCAUUUGCACACAAAGAACAAACCCAGGCCUCAGUCUUAUCAGAGCUCCAGUGGGGUUCUCUUCACAGAUUUCCCAGUGGAAGACAAGGAUACGUUUACUUUAACUCAGCCUGAUGAAACUAUAAUUACUUCUCUGGACAGCAGAUCCAUUCAAAGGAGCCCUUUGCUUUUCAGCUGCGGCCUUGGUUCUGUGCCAAAUGGAACGGUUCGGUUUCCGGAGCAUAAGGCUCUCUCCCCUAGGCUUUCUGACCAGUCACCCCAAGUCCUGAAAAUGGUUUCAAAUAAUUCUAUAAAUUUUACAGCCAGUGGUCCUAUAAAUUCAGCAAGCAGCAAGCUAGCUCACCCAGGGAGGAUUUCCAAUCGAGCAGCACUUUGUCCAGAGAAGGAACAAAUUGUUUUCUCAUCAAGCCUUGGAUUGUCGCCUACGGAAAUCGUGCAUUCGCCAAAUAACAACACAACCACCGCCUCAGCGUUGCAACCUAGCCAGCUUCCUAAAAGCUCAGAAAAGGCAUCUGUUUGCCUGUCUGCUCCCUUGGAACAGCAGCAUCUGCCUCUCCAAAGACUGCCGUCAAAUCAGAAUGAGCUGGCAGAAACGCCGCCCGUGGUUCUGAGUACGCACAGUCCUGUCGCGUUGAAAGUGGGGAAGCAGCAGAUCAUCCCUAAGAGUUUGGCUACUGAAAUAAAAGUAACCAACAAAGCUAAUAGCCAGAAUGUGGAACCAAGCAGGAGGGCUCUCAAGGUCCGUAGCAUGGUGGAGACCCUUGGGUUGCCUUUGGUAGCUGGUGGAGGCGAAGAAGCAGAAGCGGAUGUGGACAGCCCAGGGAUGCUGAAACGUAGUUUGAGGUCUACUUCCUAUCGGCGGGCUGUUGUGAGUGGCAUUGACUUUGACAGCAGUGCCAGCUUUAAGACAAAAAACAGGAUGUCCCAGCCAGUUCUGAAGGCGGUUGUGGAAGAUAAGGAGAAAUUCUCUAGCUUAGGAAGAAUAAAGAAGAAAAUGCCAAAAGGACAAGGGACCUUUGAUGGAGACGAAAAUGCUGUGUUGUAUCAGAACUACAAAGAAAAGGCUCUGGAUAUAGAUUCUGAUGAAGAGGUAGAAUUGAAAGAACAGAAGUCAGAUGAAAAAAUAGUUAUUCAGUACAAACCUCUGAGAUCAACGUGGAGUCAGUUGUCUGCGGUGAAGAAGAAUGGGCUAUACCAGACCAUCAGCCAAGAAGAAAGGAAAAGGCAAGAGGCUAUAUUUGAAGUUAUAUCUUCAGAACAUUCAUACUUGCUCAGUCUGGAAAUCCUGAUCCGGAUGUUUAAGAACUCCAAAGAACUGGGCACUACAAUGACCAAAACAGAAAACCAUCACCUUUUUUCCAAUAUUGCGGAUGUCUGCGAAGCAAGCAAGAAGUUCUUUAAAGAGCUUGAAGCAAGGCAUCAGAAUAAUAUCUUCAUAGAUGAUAUCAGUGAUAUUGUGGAAAAGCAUACUGCAUCAACCUUUGACCCUUAUGUGAAAUAUUGCACAAAUGAAGUCUACCAGCAGCGAACACUCCAGAAACUACUGGCUACAAAUCCAGCAUUCAAGGAAGUCUUGUCGCGGAUUGAGUCCCAAGAAGAAUGCAGAAACUUACCUAUGAUUUCUUUCCUCAUUCUCCCAAUGCAGAGGGUCACGCGACUUCCACUGCUGAUGGAUACUAUUUGCCAGAAAACGCCCAAAGAGUCACCAAAAUACGAAGCUUGCAAACGAGCUUUAAAAGAAGUAAGCAAGUUGGUUCGCCUCUGCAAUGAAGGCGCUCGAACAAUGGAAAGGACAGAAAUGAUGUACACAAUCAACUCCCAGCUGGAAUUCAAAAUCAAGCCAUUUCCAUUGGUUUCUUCUUCCCGAUGGCUAGUGAAAAGAGGUGAAUUGAUAGCGUAUGUGGAAGACACUGGGCUUUUCUCUAAAAGGACUUCUAAGCAACAAGUGUACUUCUUCCUCUUCAAUGAUGUCCUCAUCAUCACAAAAAAGAAAAGAUCAACAGCACAACAACCCUAUUGCAGGACCCCUUUAACAGAGAGGCUUCAUCAAGAAUAAAAAAAAUACAACACAAACUUGCUCAGUCAUAGCUGCCAAGUCUCCCGUUGAAAAAAUGUGGGAUCAGCAGUGGCGCGGCACCGGAAGUCGCUUCUACGCAUGUCCGGACAUGCAUAGAAGCAACUUCCGGUGCCGCCCGAUUUCUGGUGCCCAGGCAUGGGCAGAGUGACACCCGAAAUGGAGCCUCCCUGGUAGGUAGGAAAUCCGAGGGAUUUCCAGGAUUUUUUUCUAUUCAGGAUAACAACGGGAAACGGAUUAAAAUCCGGGGGUUUCCCGCGAAAAACAGGAGACUUGGCAGCUAUGGCUCAGUGUCAUCUACUAAUGCGAUAGGGGCUCUAAAGGUGUAGUUAGUUUAUAAAUGGGGUCUUGAAAGGCUGAGUUGGUUUACAGGCAGGUUCCAUUUCAAAAUGUUUGAGAAGUACCACUUCAAUUGUUGUUAGCGUUGGAGGUUGGCGCAUUGUUGUAUUUGUGUCUUACUUCAAUGGGGUAUUUUAUUUGUAUUAGUUGAGUCUUUGGAAUUGCGUAAAAUGCACAUUCAUGCUGCAAAUCUGUUUAUGUCUGUUCCUAAAUAAGGCCACAGAGGAAAGAUGGCGGGUUUUCUUUAAUUUAUUAAAGUCAUUAAUUUAACACACAUUUUUUUAUAGUUACGUAAAUAUGGGAUGGCUCUGAGACUCAUUGUGAUUUCAUAUUUUUAGGCUGCACUACCAAAGUGGGGAAAGCAGAGGGAGCUGGAAGCUAUUUUGAUGCCACAUCCUUUGAGAACAUUGGGAGGGAACUUCACUAUGCUAGCUCCAAGGUUGACAUAAUUAUCUCCCUGAUUUGGGGCAUUCCAGGGAAAUGAUCCACUGUUGGCCUGCCCCCCUUCUUGGUUCUACUGACAUUGGCGCCACAAUGCCAAUAGGUCGAUGGAGGUUUUCACAGCAGCUGGAAGAAAGCGUCUUUGAGGUUGGACCUCUCUCUGUGUCUUGAGAGACACAGAGAGCAAUCUGAUGCUUCCUUUUGCCCCUGGGAUGCCCUCUCAGGGACCCUAAGGCUCCAGGGUUAGAGACCUGUAGCAAUUAGAUGCAGUUAGCUACUUACCUAGAGUGAAUAGCAAUUGAUUCAUGUCAGGAAAGUGAGUGGCAUCAUCUCUCACUUGCCACACUUAACAGAAGGUAUCCCGAUUGCCAAGGGGGCAAGACAGGGAUGUCCCUUGUCGCCGCUAUUAUUUAUAUUAGCUCUGGAAGUACUCCUACAAAACAUUAGGAAAGACAAAAAAAAUAAAAGGAAUUGUGAUUAGGGAGAACUCCAAUAUAUUAGCAAAAUGGUUCUAUAUUUUUUCUUGCAUAUUUUGUACACCACAUUUUUUUUGGUAAAUAUUAAGUGGGCUAUAAAUGUUCUUCAAUAAUGAUUUUAAAAGAACCAGAACACAAGAGCAGCAUCCUUAAAAGGGUUCUAAAAUAAACCUUGGAAGCUAAUAAUCGGGGUAGGGGCAUAAUUCCAUGGCGAAGGUUAUGUUGGGCAGAGAGCUACGCAAAUGCAGAAUCAUAUUUUCCAGAGGAAUGUAGGUGAAGAAUCCUGCUGUGAAGUAUGAACAUACUUCUUUCGACCUGGUUCGCUAUGUAUUCCCCCACCCCCCCAAUGUACUCAGUUAUAGUUUGUCUAUUUUACAGCAGGUUUUUUUUUACAAUCAUUCAGGCUUCUCUGCAUCCUCAUUAACAGCAAGACAGAUACCUGUCAAAUUGGUUCACACACAUUUAAGGAAGGGAUACAUUUUUUUUGACGCUAUGGUUAUUAAAUAUUCUUACUUCACGGCCUGCAAUCCCCUCGGGAUACCACUAAAAUUCUCUCUCUGUCUAGUGGCUUGUCAGUUCCUGAGAUAAUCCUGGCAAUGGAAUGCAGCUGGACUUCUGAAAUGUGAAGCCAGCCAAAGGUCAAAUAAUACUUUGGAAUGUUACCUGUCCACAGUUACCAGCUAAAACUGAACUUCUGCUACACUCGCCAGGGAGAGAUUUGAAAUAAUUAAAAAGCCCUUUCCCAAUUAAAACAAUGCCUGGAUUUCUAAAACAGUUUUACUUGCCAGGUUGACAGAGCAACAAAGAAUAAUACUUUUAAAUAAUAAUCUGUCGCGAAAAUGCAUUUCAGAUCCUUGCAUUUAUUGAUGAAAGAGCUUCCCAACAAACAGGAAACGAUAAAUAAAAGGGAAAGGUGUUUUAUUUGAGAAGCUGUUCUUCCAUUCUUUGGCAUGUGUGCGGAUAAAAACUGGAAUAUAAGGAGCACAUCAGAAUGCAAGUCUUUAGUUUCAGUGAAGUGGAAUAUUUUUCUCCUCCCUGAAUUCAUUCUCAUUCCAUAUCCAUUUUCAUACAACAUCUGCUAGUCAUCUUCUCCAGAGGUACUCCCAUAAUAGUGGUUAUUGAGAGGGGUGGGAGUAGGGAGUUGGCAUUGAUUAUAUAGAUAUAUUUGUUUACAUUGCAUACACUGUCUAACUCCACCCUCUGAAAACCAGGCCCUCUCAUUCCAAAGGAAAUCUACUUUCUUCAGAAAAAAAAUAACUAUUUGAAUGCAGUUUUAUCCAGAUCAUUUUUCUUGUUAUGGAUAAUCAGCGAAUCUCUAUAUUGGAAGUAAUGCAGUUUGAUUUACAGUAUGAUCAAUUACAGGGAGGGUGGAUGGGGUGAACCACACAAUAAGUGUUUGAAGCUACCAUACCUUUAAGACUUUGGGGAAAUCUUGGGUAUGUUAGAAGGGAAUAAAAAUCAAUGGGUUUCAUUUUAUGUUGUUGAACAGUUGACUAUAAUUAACAACUAAUGGACAUGGAAGAGCUGCACAUACAUUAUCUAAUUUUGCCUUUUUGGACAAUAUAUCUCUGACUUUAGUGAUCAAUAUGCCACAUUAAACUGUAGAGGGAAAGAUUAUGGGAUAGUUACUUAGUCUAUAAGAUGUAUUGAGACUGCGUGGUUCAGGUUUGUGUGUCCUUAUGUAUUUAUAUUGCUGAUGAUUUCUUAGAGCCAAUUUACAAUAUUCUAUGGCAAAACGCAAGACUAGAUAUAAGUCACAGGUGGAAGACCAUGUGAACGGCUAGUAUUAUCUCUGUAUGGGAAUAAUCAUUGCAGUUGUCUGUAACGAAGCCAGUACAUUUGCCAAUUGGUACAUAAAGCCGGCAAGGCUGUGCAUCCCUUAAUCCAAUAAGAGCUUCAUUCUUUCGUUGUCUUCUUGAAUUUUACUGUCCAUUUUGAAGUUGCUUCAUCUCUUUCAUCCACAAGUUCCAGUAAGAGAUGAAUAAGGACACUUAUGUCGGACAUUGCCAUGUAGCAAGUUCUGCAUUGGUGUAAAAAUAGACUAUUAUAGUUCAGCUCUUGUCUACGCUGGUUAAAAAGAAGCUUUAUCAAAAGCAUUUCUUCAUAUUUGUUUCAGUUCAGCUUCAUGGCAUUACACAUCCUGUUGUGUAUGUGUGAGUUCAUAGUUCUGGAGAUGAACAUCCUGUUCCCCACUGUAGUCUGAGGGUCUUUUCCAGGGAUCUUCAGUCUCCCCCAAGUGAAAAAACACACACAGCAAAAACAAAAUUCUUCAACUUGCAGUGCUAAAUUUGUCUGCCACCAAGCUUGAACACAACUUUUCUAUCACAUACAGUGGUGCCUCGGGUUACAAACUUAAUUCAUUCUGGAGGUCCGUUCUUAACCUGAAACUGUUCUUAACCUGAGGUACUAUUUCUGGGUUAGCAGAGUCUGUAACCUGAAGCGUCUGUAACCUGAAGCAUCUGUAACCCGAGGUACCACUGUAUUUGGUAGGAGCUUUUGAGAAGCCACCUCUUCUGCCACCUAGAUCUAUAGCUUCAGACAUGUUUUCAUGCACAUACUUUGUGAGCUGUGUCAGGUUUGCUGAUGGAGUCUCAUCGUAGAAGAUGGGAGAAAUUACAUAAAUUAUAAUAAUGGUAUUCCAUAAAGAAUGAGGUCUUCAUCCCCAGCCAAAACUACUAAUGAAUCUGUGCAAGGACUUUUGCUAGCACAGUGCGCCUUCCCACAGCAUGUCCCUGAGCUCCCCAAAUUGACUUUGAGGGGAUUUGGAGAACCCUCAGAACAGCACGCCGGGGGGGGGGGGAGGGGGAAGCAGGAUCACUCCAUUUGGCAACCUGAAAUGCUUGCACUGAUGGAACAGCUAAAUCUGUUCUGGGAGUUCCUCCAACUCCCUGGAGCAGAUUUGGAAAGGGAAUGUACAUGGGGAGGAAAUUGAAAUCUUUUUGCGCUGGACUAGAUGACCCUUGGGGAUCCCUUCCAGUUCUGGAAUUCAAUGAGUCUAACAAGAUGAAUGCUUUGGAUACCAUACCCAGUGAAUUUAAGUAAAGGCACUGCAUUGGCUUUAAUAGGUUUCCUCUGAGUUUGAUAUUGCCGAUAUUCCCUAUACAGUGGUUACGAACGCUUCAGGUUACGAGCUCCGCUAACCCAGAAAUAGCUGCUCCUGGUUGCGAACUUUGCCCCAGGAUGCGAACGGAAAUCGCUUGCCAGAGGGAGGCCCCAUUAGCAAGAGCGCACCUCAGGAUAAGAACGCUUUCAGCUUAUGAACGGACCUCUGGAACGAAUUAAGUUCAUAACCAGAGGUACCACUGUAUACAUUCAUUCAGAAGUAAGCCCCACUGAAUUCAGUGAAACUUCUCUGUAGAUGUAUAGCAGGGUUUCCCAAACUUGGGUCUCCAGCUGUUUUGAGACUACAACUCCCAUCACCCCUAGCUAGCAGGACCAGUGGUAAGGGAUGAUGGGAAUUGUACUCCAAGAACAAUUGGAAACACAAGUUUGGGAAACCCUGAUUUGGCUUUUCAGUAUUCAGCUGUCUGUGAGAGCGUAGUAAGAAAGGAAUGUUGCUUCUCCUGUAUCUGGAAUUAUGAAUUCUGCUUUGAGUAUAAGAAAGAUUAUAAUUAUGUAUUUGUUUUAAGACAUUUACACAUCAUAUUAGAUUUCUGGGCAGUAAAGGUAAAGGGGCCCCUGACCAUCAGGUCUAGUCGUGUCCGACUCUGGGGUUGCGGCGCUCAUCUCGCUCUAUAGGCCGAGGGAGCCAGCGUUUGUCCGCAGACACCUUCUGGGUCAUGUGGCCAGCAUGACAAAGUUGCUUCUGGUGAACCAGAGCAGCACACAGAAACGCCGUUUACCUUCCUGCCGGAGCGGUCCCUAUUUAUCUACUUGCACUUUGAUGUGCUUUCGAACUGCUAGGUGGGCAGGAGUUGGGACCGAGCAACGGGAGCUCACCCCGUUGCAGGGAUUCGAACCGCCGACCUUCUGAUCAGCAAGCCCUAGACUCUGUGGUUUAACCCACAGCGCCACCCUUAUGCAAGCAUAAAACAAACAAUAUAAUAAACACACAUGCAUGGAAAAGCCAUGGAUAAAGUCUCAAGAAAGAAUCACAACUCCUUAACUAGUUAAAAUGACUGGAAAAAUAAUGUUUUUGCCUAGUGGCUAAAUGAUAGCAAUGUUCUGGCCAGACAAAUCUUCCUUGGGAGGGCAUUCUAUAUCUGCUUUCUGCCCCCUGGUUGAAAAAGCCCUUCUCCCUUUGUAUAAUGAUUAUCUCACCUCAAAUGGAAGAGGCACAUGGAGAGUAGAAUAAAAUAAUCACUUAGGAAAACCUGCGGUUCAUUCCCCCCUUUUUUCUUUUUACAUUUGCUUAGUCUCAUCCUUUCCUACAAUUAAAACAAAGUUAGACAAACCUUUGACACCAAAAGAACAUCAAAUACAUGUAAACUUCAUCAUUGAAUGUAUUCCCCCCCACCCCAGGGCUUAAGCAUUAACUUCAUUUGUCUUCUUGACAAGCAGGUGCUUUGUAAAUAUUCAAACGAGUGUAUUCCUUCUUCCUUUACUGAAAGGCUGAAAAUGUCUGAAUAAUUAUGUGCAAUGGACUGUAAUCUGAAAUUUGCUUUAUUGCAGAACAUGACUUCCUGGUGCAUUUAGUAGCAUUUUGACUCUAAGCAAUUGUCUAUUUCUUCU